CCAAAAACACCGACCGACCCCACGCUUCGGCUCCAACAGAGAGAGGGGGCAGCGGGAGGAGGAAGAUAACAAAAAACCCGCCGCGGUGCAUUAUCCGCUCUAGGGUUUUUGAGUAUAUUCUCUGUCGGUACUCUCUCUCUCUCUCUCUCUAUCUCUUCCCGAGGCAAUGGCAGUUAUCUCUAUCUGCGCCUUUGUUCCUGCGCUCCGCUCCCAGUCGGGUCCCGGUCCGGAGCCGUUCCGGUCUCCCUUCGCUCCGGACCCCCUCUCCCGCCGGCCCGGAGAGAGGACCGCCGGCCGGCGCAGCGGGAGAUCCCGGAGGUUCGUGGCCCUGUCCGCUCACUCCAACCCCAGGAUUCUCAAGGUGAAUCGGAAGUCCAGGUACGGGCGGCCCCUGUCGCCCUUUGAUAGCGACGACGACGACGAGAGUUUGGAGUCCGAUGAGGAUGAGGAUGAGGAUGAGGAGGGUUGGUCGGAUGAGGAUGAAUUUGCAGAAAUAGCAGAAUAUGAAGAGCAGAAUAAAGAUAAGAAAAAGAAAGACAGCCGGAGACACCCAAACCAAGGUGGGAGAUCAGGUUCCCUGAAUUCUAGGCAGCAGAAUGGUCAUAAUGAAUAUAAGAAUCCAGUGAGAAAUGCUGUGAAUACUUUUCCUUCUCCCAACCAUGAAAAGGAAAUUGCUUCCUACGAUGUAAUUGGAAGGGGAAAGCCGGAAGAAAUCAAACCUCGUCAGCACAGUUUUCCUCGACUUUCUGAAGAAAUAGAUUUGGACGAGAGAUGGAUCCCUCUUCUUGAUUACUUGUGCACUUUUGGACUUAAAGAAUCACAUUUUCUUCAAAUGUAUGAGAGACACAUGCCUUCACUGCAAAUAAAUGUUGGCUCUGCAAAGGAGAGGUUGGAUUACUUGUUGAGCAUUGGUGUCAAAAAUCGUGAUGUCAAAAGAAUACUUUUGAGGCAGCCACAGAUUUUACAGUACACAGUGGAGAACAAUUUGAAGUCCCAUGUUGCGUUUUUGACGGGACUGGGCAUACCAAAUUCUCGAAUGGGACAGAUUAUAGCUGCUGCUCCAUCCCUGUUUUCUUAUAGUGUUGAGAAUUCUUUGAAACCCACAGUUCGCUACUUAGUUGAGGAGGUUGGCAUCAAGGAAAAGGACUUAGGUAAAGUGGUACAGCUGAGUCCUCAGAUACUUGUCCAGCGAAUUGACGUCUCAUGGAAUACUCGCUAUUUCUUCCUAUCAAAGGAAUUAGGUGCACCAAGAGACAGUGUAGUGAAGAUGGUAACAAAACAUCCCCAGCUUCUGCAUUACAGUAUUGAUGACGGACUGCUGCCAAGAAUCAAUUUUCUGAGGAGUAUUGGGAUGUGUAACUCUGAGAUCUUAAAAGUUUUGACUAGCCUUACACAGGUGUUAUCUUUGUCGUUGGAAGACAAUCUUAAACCUAAAUACAAGUACUUGAUUAACGAACUUCGCAACGAAGUGCGUGCUUUAACCAAGUACCCAAUGUAUUUGAGUUUGUCUUUGGACCAGAGAAUCCGCCCUCGCCACAGGUUUUUGGUUUCCCUAAAGAAAGCUCCCAAUGGGCCAUUUCCCUUAAGUUAUUUUGUUCCAACAGAUGAGUGUUUCUGCGAGCAGUGGGCUGGGACCAGUUUAGAUAAGUAUCUGGCAUUUCGCCAGAGGCUACUGCUGAAGGAUUUUGCAAAGAAGUAUGAGAAACAAAGAUAGCAUGUUCACGAGAGUAUACUAACAGAGAUAUUGGAAGAACUGAGCGGUCAUGCUCUAACAUGCCCCUUGAACUGCUGAAUUUUGCUGCGCUGUGGAAAGUCUUGGACUACUUACCAGCAGAUUAUCUAAUUUGCAGCUUCUUUGGGCGCUGAUGGGGAAUACAAAUGGGGACAGCAAGACAGUAGUUGAAAAUUUUCCGAUAUGACUUCAGUACAUAUGGCUGAGCGGAAUGAUAGAAACAGGCACACGUGUGGUAAAUGAUCCAAGGCCCCUCAUCUUCGAGAUGUCUCUCUUUCAAGCAGUUGAUUUCUUGAGGUCGGGGCCAUCUUCAGGCAAUUUUGAUGUACGGAUUUUGUCUAAGACAAUAGUCAUGUAGAUAAUUGAAAAUUUUGAGAAAUGUGAUGCAAGUUUGUCACAAGUUCUGCCUUAUAGUGCAAACAUACCUUUCCUAAAUAUUUAACGUUCAAAAUUACAGGGCGUCCUCUUUUGCACGAAAGGUUGCUUUACUGUAACUUGAGUGUAAAUAGUUGUGAAUGUAUACUAUGAAAAGAGGACUGUCGUGCAAGUGCCUUUUA